AGAUCAUCUCCUUUGCAAAUUCUGUUUCGCUUCUUUACUUGGAGCUGUGUGGAUAUCGCUCUCUCGGCAUUGCUCCUAGUUCAAUACUGCUUCGCGUUGAUCAUUUUUACCUGGUCGUUCACUUUCCCUUUUUUUCAAGUCUCAAUCACUCGGUCUCCAGACCGAGCCCCGUAUUUCAGCCCUCUAGGGCCUAGCUUUCUCUGGGAUUCUGUGUCCUUUCUAGAGAUCUCCUCCUUUUGCCUGUUCCUUCUCCAACCAGCCAACUGUCCUUGACUGCCACGUUCCAUUCCAUGCAGAGUUGAAGCAAACAACCUCAUCCCUUCACACUCCUUUGGUCCGUUUUUGGGUUUCGUUUAGCAUUAUAUGAGCUUGCUUUCGAUCUACUAGUCUUGGUGCAGGAUGUCCCAAGCUGCCUAUUUGUACACUCGGAUUCGAGAGGCACUCCCUUGGAGUGGCGGUGAUCCAAACGUCAAGGGAGAUCCUCGGAAAAGCGUCAAAUGGAUUGAUGGCCUCCGAGGUAUCGCGUCCUUCCUUGUCGUCCUCACCCACCUUGCUCGAGCCUGGGAUUACGAUCUGUUCGCCCCUCGGGAUUCUGAAGAUGCGUCUCCCAGACUGCUGCAAUUACCCGUCUUCCGCAUCCCGUGGCAAGGCCGUAUCGGUGUCACCAUCUUCGCUUUCCUGACUGGCUACGUAUGCGCUUUGAAGCCUUUGAAGCUAUCGCGAAAUGGAAACAUUCUGGGCGCUUUCACUGCUGUUGGCAAAAGUGCCUUCCGCCGUCCCCCGCGUCUUAUUAUGCCCGCUACAAUUGCAAUGAUUAUAUCCUGGAUUAUGGCGCAAUGCCGUGCGUUCGUGGUUGCAAACCGAUCAGAUUGCUGGUGGUGUCGUUAUGCUGCUCCGGAUCUUGAGGACUCUUUCGGAAAGGAGGUCAUUCGCCUUGGCAAGAACUUCCUUUCUACCUGGACGACGGGAUACAUGGCGUACGAUGACCAUCAGUGGGCGUUGUUGCCUCUACUGAUGACAUCUAUGUUGGUGUAUCUCUUGACAUGUGCGACUAUGUUCAUGCGCUUCCGCUGGCGGAUGUUCGUGUAUCUCAUUAUGGCCCUCUACUUCCACCAGGACAACGCCAAAAACACAGAAACUUUCCAAUUGCAGGGCGUCUACGGCAUGUUCCUCAGCGAUUUGUCUUACGAAGUUUCGUUCCAAGAGUUCCUUGAGAAGUGGAAGUGGCCCCGACGGGUUGUGGCGUUCUUCCUCUUUGCCUCUGGUCUAUUCAUUGCCGGCUACCCUGGUGAACACCCCGAGUGGAGUGACUGGUCUAAUGCUAUGUACAAACUUGCCCACUACAUCUUCCCCCCCGACGUCAACAUCGGCAAGCGCUACACUGCCAUCGGCGUCGACCUUAUUAUCUUGGCCAUCUACAUCUCCCCCAGCGUGAAAGAAUUCUUGUCCAACCGCCUUCUCCUCUGGCUGGGCGGUCAGUCCUUCGCUGUUUACCUCGUUCACGGAACUCUUCUCCGGACUGUCCUUUGCUGGAUGCUCUACGGCAUUACCGGCCAGCCUUUCGACCCUAACGUGAAGCAGGAGGGUAAGGAUGAGCCCGUCUGGAUCCCAAUUCGUCCACCAUGGGUUGUUGCUAUCAGCAUCCCACUGUGGAUUUGCUUAGUGUACUUCUGCGCGACAAUGUGGACAAAAUAUGUCGAUCCGUUCUGUGCCCGCAUGACCCAAAAGAUGGAGAACCACAUGUUCAUCCAGGACGAGAAACCUGCACAGGCCGAAACACUACCCUUGACCUCCAUGCCGAUGCAGACGAUGCCAAUUCAAAACGCCUAAAGCGACAGCAAGUUUGCCAGAAAAUUUCAGUUAUCUCUACUAAACGAUGCAUCUCCACGAUACUGAUACAUUUAGCUUUCUACCUUCAAUUUCCAACGUCUUAGAGAUUUGACCAUACAUUUUCCUUCCCUUUUCUACCAACCUUCUCUGUUGCGUUCUCUCCGGAUUUCUGCUUUCUUCUGAGAUAUGGCGGGUCCAUGCACAACUAAACAUUCAUCAAUGGUUGGAAUUGAUUUGAGUCGUUUGUUGUACUAGUCUACUUGCGCUUAGCACUUGACACUGGCCUUCAAACUGGUCUUCUUUACACAUACUUAUUUUACUUACCUUUUAUUAAUGUACAAAAGGAACAAUGAACAUAGCUAUGAUUAUAG